AUGAAUGCACAAAUGGCAAACAGGGAAACAAAACUCGAGAUAUUUAUGGCAUCUAUUAAUUGGACGGAAGAGUUGUUGAUUGAAUUGAUAAUCGAGAGAAGUAAUCGCCCGAAAGACCUUUGCAUCGAUUUCUUAAUGUGUAAUGGAAUACAAGAAUUGAAUGAAUUCCGACUUUACCAACAGAAAUGUCAUCAAAUUCUAGUUAAACUCCAAGAGUUGGGCGAAGACCUCAAAGAUUUGAAAGAAGAUUUUGUUAUCGAAACCAUUUUAAACGGUUAUAAGAGAUCAUUGAUUGAAUUGAAAACACGACAUAUGAAUCGACCCAUUCGUGGAGCCGUCGCCGCGAAAGCCCCACAAAGAAAUGGAGUGAUCGGACGGAUCGCGCACUUGGCAUAUGUCGAGGACCACCAAAUGGCGGCAUAUAUUUCGUGGUUCCUUCGCUAUCACAUGACUUGUAUCGUCACUAAGACUACAGAAUCGGCGGAAACUCUAACCGACACUUUGUGUGUCAUUAAACAGACGCUUCCAUUGGAUUCUAUUCCAGAACACGGCUUACAUUCACCACAACUUCCAUCAAAUCCAUCCAUUUCUGUAGUAUUUGCCAAAAAU